ACUUUGUGUUCUUUCAUCGCUGUCAACCAAGCUUAUUUAAUUUGCUCCAGAAUUUGGGGAAGGAAUUACAGCUGGAAAAUAUGUGAGUUUUUAAACCCACAGAUCCUUCUGACUUUAGCAUAAUUUGUUAUAUUGCCAGGAAAGCAUAAAUGCAGAUUUUGGACCAUGUCAAAAAUCUUGUCAAGAGAGUGGAUUAUUUCACACAGAACUGAGAUGUGGCUUCUGAUUCUGGUGGCGUAUUUGUUCCAAAGAAAUGUGAAUUCAGGACAUAUGCCAACGAAAGAUGUGGACCCAGAAGCAUUCAUGAAUAUUAGUGAAAUCAUUCAACAUAAAGGCUAUCCCUGUGAGGAGUAUGAAGUCACAACAGAAGACGGGUAUAUCCUCUCUGUUAACAGAAUUCCUCAAGGCCUAGCGCAACUUAAAAAGACAGAUUCCAGGCCUGUGGUCUUACUGCAGCAUGGCCUGCUUGGAGAUGCCAGCAACUGGAUUUCCAACCUGCCCAACAACAGCCUGGGCUUCAUUCUGGCAGACGCUGGUUUUGACGUGUGGCUGGGGAACAGCAGGGGAAACACCUGGUCUCAGAAACACAAGACCCUCUCCAUAGACCAAGAUGAGUUCUGGGCUUUCAGUUUUGAUGAGAUGGCUAGGUUUGACCUUCCUGCAGUCAUAAACUUUAUUUUGCAGAAAACCGGCCAGGAAAAGAUCUAUUAUGUCGGCUAUUCACAGGGCACCACUAUGGGCUUUAUUGCAUUUUCCACCAUGCCAGAGCUGGCUCAGAAAAUAAAAAUGUAUUUUGCCUUAGCACCCAUAGCUACUGUUAAACAUGCGAAAAGCCCUGGGACCAAAUUUUUGUUGCUGCCAGAUAUGAUGAUCAAGGGAUUGUUUGGCCGGAAAGAAUUUCUGUACCAGACCAGGUUUCUCCGCCAGUUUUAUAUUUACCUUUGUGGCCAGAUAAUUAUUGAUCAGAUUUGCAGCAAUAUCAUUUUGCUUCUGGGGGGAUUUAACACGAACAAUAUGAACAUGAGCCGAGCAAAUGUAUAUGUCGCUCAUACUCCUGCCGGAACAUCUGUGCAAAAUAUCCUACACUGGAGCCAGGCAGUGAAUUCUGGGGAACUCCGGGCGUUUGAUUGGGGGAGUGAGACCAAAAAUCUGGAGAAAGGCAAUCAGCCAACUCCUGUGAGGUACCAAGUUAGAGAUGUGACAGUCCCUACAGCAAUGUGGACGGGAGGUCAGGACUGGCUUUCAAAUCCAGAUGACGUGAAAAUACUGCUCUCCGAAAUGAACAACCUCAUCUACCAUAAAAACAUUCCUGAAUGGGCCCACGUGGAUUUCAUCUGGGGUCUGGAUGCCCCUCACCGUAUGUACAAUGAAAUCAUACAUCUGAUGAAGCAGGAAGAGGCCAGCCUUUCCCAGGAAACGUGUGAGGUCAGGUUGUGAAGCAUCUGAUAUGGACGGAUAUUAGGGAAAACCUCAUGGAAGAUGGGGCUGGGGUCCAUGAACUGAGGAUGUUAAGAAUUUCCAGAAUUGGAAACCUAUCAUACGUAGAAGGGAAGUAGAGAAGGGAGGGCAGAGAUUUAAUAUAACAUUCCUUCAGAAUUCCUGCAUUUAGCACUAAAACUGACAUUUACAUUU